CAACGAGCGCGGCGAUAGGAGUCGUUACGGCAGAAAACGCGGCAAGUAUUACCCAGCCCAACGAGGCCUACGAGCAGCGCCACCGCAAGCUCCAGACUGGCCCAGUCUCCCCGGGAGAGAAGACGGCAUCUGAUGGCACUGCAUGCAGUGUUGUGGCCACGCGGACAGAGGAUUCCUGCUCUGGUAGAAGGGGGUGCCUUUCAACUCUUAAUAAGCAGCGACGGGACUGUGGUAUCCCGCUUCCUACCCAGUCG